AUGGGACUCCUAGCCCUUGGGACGGCGUUGGAAUGGCCAGACGCCAAGAAGAAGGCGAGCCAGGUGCGCGAGUGGGGUAUCGAGCAAUUACUUGCCAAUUGGCGCAGAGCUCGUGGCAAAGAACGCGAUGCGUUGCUUUGGGGCGACGAGGUGGAAUACCUCGUGGUUGCUCUAGACGAUGCGGCAAAGAAAUCUCGCCUAUCUCUAGCUCAGGCCGACAUCUUAAAAUCACUAGCGCGAGACGAAGCAUUGUGGAAAUCCGGAUCUGGAGAGGGGAAUAAGCAUGCAGGCCACGACGGAGAGGAACCACCUCACUUCCACCCCGAAUUCGGCAGAUUCAUGCUUGAGGCGACUCCAGGAGAGCCGUGGGGAAUCGGGUUCAAAGAUCUAUUGAAGGUGGAGUCUAAUAUGAAGUGGAGACGUGAAGUGGCGAAAGCCCACAUGGCUCCCAAUGAAGUUCCCAUUACCUUGACGACCUUCCCUCGCUUGGGAACCAAAGACGACUACAUACAGCCAUAUUACCCUCCAUCUGGACCCGCUCUUCGUUCUCAGUUCGUUCCUGAUGAGAUUGCCAACCCCCACAUCCGAUUCCCCACAUUGGCAGCCAACAUUCGAUCAAGGAGAGGACGGAAAGUUGAAUUGAAUGUUCCUGUCUUCCACGACACAAACACUCCAAAGCCCUUCAAGGAUCCUACUGUGAACUAUGACCUCCACAACUGGCCUGAAGAUGAUGAUGUCCGUAACGGCGCAGCCAAGGACGACCAUGUUUACAUGGACGCCAUGGCGUUUGGAAUGGGCAGUUGUUGUCUCCAAAUCACAUUCCAAGCAAAGAACAUGACGGAGGGCAGGAAGCUUUACGAUCAGUUGAGUCCUCUGGGUCCCAUACUUCUGGCCCUCACCGCCGCUACACCCAUAUACAAGGGUUUCUUGGUGGACACGGAUGUGCGAUGGAACCAAAUUGGAAAUGCAGUGGAUGAUAGAACCCGGGAAGAGCUGGGCGAAGCUCCACUCGAGAAUGACCGGUGGAGAAUCCCUAAGUCUCGGUACGCCUCCAACUCGACCUACCUCUCUCAAGAUCCUCGUCUCCGAAAAGAGUACUUUGAUCCCGACCUAGUCGUCGACGAGGACAUCAAGAAGCGCCUCAUGGACGGGGGUAUGGACGAAUUACUAGCCACUCAUUUUGCACACUUGUUCAUCCGUGACCCAUUGGUGAUCUUCUCUGAAGACCUUGAGGAGCUAGAUCUCAACAAGAGUGACCACUUCGAGAAUUUACAAUCUACUAAUUGGCAGCACAUGCGUUUCAAGCCGCCUCCCCCUGACAAGGACGACAUUGGCUGGAGGGUCGAAUUCCGCUCUAUGGAAAUCCAAAUUACCGAUUUCGAGAAUGCGGCUUUCAGCAUUUUCAUCGUGCUGGUCACCCGUGCUAUUCUAAGUUUCGAUCUCAACUUCUACAUUCCAAUCCAACGCACCACAGAGAAUAUGGAAACGGCACACGCGCGCGACGCAGUGAACGAUCGGAAAUUCUGGUUCCGCAAGGACCCCUUCGCAAGCAGAGUUCCCCGGAGUUCGCAGCAAUCGACCAACGGCAGCACCUUCUCGUCAGGCACAUCAUCCGCCGUCAACACUCCACCACCAUCUCCCCCUCUAGGACCUGUCGAAACAGAGUUCGAUCUCAUGACUAUCGACGACAUCGUCAAUGGAUGUGCCGACGGAUCGUUCCCGGGUCUGAUUCCGCUUGUGGAGUCAUAUCUCAACAGUGUCAACGUAGACGUUGAGACAAGGUGUUUCUUGGCCAGCUAUCUUGACCUGAUCCGAAAGCGAGCCAACGGAACUUUAUGGACCGGAGCUCGCUGGAUGCGUGAGUUUGUGGCUAAGCACCCUAGCUACAAGCAGGACAGCGUUGUGUCUGAGGAAAUCACGUACGACCUGGUCAAGGCUGUUGAGGAGAUGACAAUCAAGGAGGGCAAAAAUGGAUCGGUCGGGUGGGAGCUUCUUCGGGGCAGGAAGGUCUAG